AUGUCUUCAGAACAAGAUUUUACCAAGAGGAAAUUAUGGGGAGGUCGAUUCACAGGAUCAACCGACCCAUUAAUGCACGAAUUCAAUCAGUCUCUCAAAUACGAUAAACGAAUGUACGCUGCCGACGUCAAAGGGUCAAUUGCGUUCUCGAAAGCAUUGUUGAAGGCUGGUAUCGUGAAUGAAAAGGAACAGAAGGAGAUCGAGAGGGGUUUGAAGGUUGUCGAAGGUGAAUGGGCUGAAGGCAAGUUCGCCAUCCAGCCCGACGACGAAGAUAUCCACACCGCCAACGAGAGACGAUUAUCUGAAAUUAUCGGUAAAGAUAUUGGAGGUAAAUUGCAUACCGGUAGAUCUAGGAAUGACCAGGUUGCUACCGACAUGAGAAUCUGGCUCAUGGAUGAAUCCGCCCAAGUCGAACAAUAUCUCAAAGACCUCCUGAACGUCAUGGUCUCCCGAGCUGAAAAAGAAGUCGACGCCAUAAUGCCAGGAUAUACCCAUCUCCAACGAGCUCAACCAGUCCGAUGGUCCCACUUACUCUUAUCCCACGCUCAAUCGUUUUUAUCUGACUUGGAUAGACUCAGACAACUCCAACCUCGUAUCUCGGUCUUACCAUUAGGUUCAGCAGCUUUGGCAGGUAACCCUUACUCCCUCGAUAGGGAAUUGCUCAGAAAGGAGUUAGGUUUCCAAUCGAUCGGUGAGAACUCAAUGCACGCUGUAGCAGAUAGAGACUUUAUUGUGGAAUGGUUACAAUGGGCUAGUUUGUUGCAAAUUCACAUGUCGAGAAUGGCGGAGGAUUUGAUCAUCUACUCGUCGGCUGAAUUUGGUUUCGUUCAAUUGAGUGAUGCUUAUUCCACCGGAUCAUCCAUCAUGCCCCAAAAGAAGAACCCCGACUCCCUUGAAUUGCUUCGAGGUAAAGCAGGACGAACCUUCGGUCAGAUGGCUGGAUUCAUGAUGUCCUUGAAAGGUGUACCAUCAACUUAUAACAAGGAUUUGCAAGAGGAUAAGGAACCAUUGUUCGAUGCUGUUGAUACUAUCUCUGCGGCGUUGAGAAUAGCUGAGGGCGUGAUUGCUACUUUGACUAUCAACCCUACCAAGAUGUCCCAAGCUCUCACUAUGGACAUGCUAGCAACCGACAUAGCAGAUUACUUAGUCCGAAAGGGAGUACCAUUCAGGGAGACACAUCAUAUCUCCGGACGAUCCGUCGCUUUGGCAGAACAGCAAAAAAUCCAGAUUUCAGAUUUGACGAUGGAACAAUGGAAAGAGCUCAGUGAGCAUUUCACGGAUGAUGUGAUGGACGUUUUCGAUUUUGAGAAUUCGGUGGAGAAACGAAAUGCUAUUGGUGGACCGGCUAGAUCGAUGAUCAAGAGACAGGUUGAUAUUGCCAGAGAGAGGAUUGGGAACUAA